AUGGCUGCUUUUACGGGGGAUGAUUUGUCGAGGGUGACAAGCAGUAGCAGGAGGUCACAGAGUGUGAGAGAUAUGUGGCAAGGUCCGUCUGAUGUUUUUAGUCGGAAUAGUACGAGGAGAGAAAUGGUGGACGAUGAAGAAGAGCUUAAAUGGGCUGCUAUUGAGAGAUUGCCUACUUAUGAUAGGUUGAGAAAAGGGAUGCUGAAGCAAGUUGUGAGUAAUGGAAGAGUGCUUACAAAUGAGGUUGAUGUUACUAAUCUUGAUGCUCAGGACAAGAAGCAGUUGAUGGAGAGUAUUCUUAAGGUUGUCGAAGAUGAUAAUGAAAGAUUCCUUAGACGACUUCGUGAUCGAACUGACAGAGUUGGGAUUGAGAUUCCGAAGAUUGAAGUGAGGUUUCAGAACUUAUCUAUUGAAGGAGAUGCUUAUGUCGGCGGCAGAGCACUUCCAACUCUCUGGAAUUCUACACUGAAUACCUUGGAGGGUCUUAUUGGUAUGAUUGGACUUUCUCCAUCAAAGAAAAAGGUGGUUAAGAUACUACAAGAUGUUAGUGGAAUUAUAAGACCUUCAAGGAUGACACUUCUUCUUGGUCCUCCUGGUUCAGGAAAAACAACCUUGCUUAAAGCCCUGGCAGGCAAAGCUGAUGAUGAUCUUAGAAUUCUUGGAUUGGAUAUCUGUGCUGAUAUUAUGGUGGGAGAUGACAUGAGAAGAGGAAUUUCUGGCGGACAAAAGAAACGUGUUACCACAGGUGAAAUGUUGGUAGGACCAGCAAAAGCAUUCUUCAUGGAUGAAAUAUCCACUGGACUGGACAGUUCCACAACUUUCCAAAUCACCAAAUUCAUGAGACAGAUGGUUCACAUCAAUGAUAUAACCAUGGUCAUCUCUCUCCUGCAGCCGGCACCUGAGACAUUUGAGCUUUUUGAUGAUGUUAUCCUGCUUUCCGAGGGUCGAAUUGUGUAUCAGGGACCACGUGAGAAUGUCCUUCAGUUUUUUGAGUUCAUGGGAUUCAAAUGCCCUGAAAGGAAAGGAAUUGCAGACUUUCUGCAGGAGGUAACAUCAAAGAAGGACCAACAACAGUAUUGGUGUAAGAAGAAUCAGCCAUUUAGAUAUGUCUCUGCAGAGGAUUUUGCAAACGCCUUCAAUGAUUUUCAUGUUGGGCAACAAAUGACAUCAGACCUCCGAGUUCCUUAUGAUAAGUCCCGAGCUCACCCUGCCGCAUUGGUGAAAGAAAAAUACGGCAUCUCCAACAGGGAACUCUUCAGGGCAUGUUUUGCACGCGAAUGGCUGCUCAUGAAGCGAAGUUCUUUUGUUUUCAUCUUUAAAACAACACAGAUCACUAUCAUGGCAACUAUUGCAUUCACAGUAUUUUUAAGAACACAAAUGAAAGCUGGCCAAAUUAAUGAUGCUGCUAAGUUCUGGGGAGCAUUGUUCUUCAGUCUCAUCAAUGUGAUGUUCAAUGGUAUGCAAGAACUGGCAAUGACAGUUUUCAAGCUACCCGUGUUUUUCAAGCAGAGAGAUUCCUUGUUCUACCCAGCAUGGGCCUUUGCUCUACCCAUAUGGGUACUACGAAUUCCACUUUCUGUGAUGGAGUCCUUAAUAUGGAUUAUUUUCACAUAUUACACCAUUGGAUUUGCUCCUGCUGCUACUAGGUUCUUUAAACAGUUAUUGGCAUUUGUCGGCAUCCAUCAGGUGGCGCUCUCUUUGUUUCGUUUCAUUGCAGCAGUUGGAAGAUCACAAGUUGUAGCAAACACACUUGGAACAUUCACACUGCUGUUGGUAUUUAUUCUUGGAGGCUUCAUUGUUGCGAAAGAUGACAUCAAGAGUUGGAUGAUAUGGGGGUACUAUGUUUCUCCUAUGAUGUAUGGACAAAAUGCUAUUGCCAUCAAUGAAUUUCUUUCUGAAAGAUGGAGCACGCCCACUAAUGGCACUGAAAAUACGGUUGGAAAAACCCUUCUUCGGGAUAGAGGUUUAUUUACAACUGAAACCUGGUACUGGAUAUGUAUCGGAGCUCUCUUUGGUUUUUCGCUACUCUUCAAUGUUCUAUUCGUUGCAGCAUUGACAUUCUUAAAUCCUAUUGGAGAUACAAAGGCUGUUAUAAUUGAAGAAGAAGAGGAGGACAACCGCACACGGGCAGCUGCAUCUAAUUCUGAAGGUGUUCAAAUGGCGAUAAGAAAUGCUCAAGGAAAUGGCAUGACGAGUGCAACUAACAACCAAGCAAGUAGAGGAAUGGUUUUACCCUUCCAACCACUUUCACUUGCAUUCAACCAUGUAAAUUACUAUGUGGACAUGCCUGCGGAAAUGAAGAGUCAAGGGAUUGAAGAAGACAAGCUGCAGCUUCUUAGGGAUGUUAGUGGUGCUUUUAGGCCUGGUGUUCUGACAGCCUUGGUUGGUGUCAGUGGUGCUGGAAAGACUACAUUGAUGGAUGUCUUAGCAGGUAGAAAGACAGGAGGGUACAUCGAAGGAAGCAUAAGUAUUUCAGGAUAUCCAAAGAAUCAAGAAACUUUUGCUCGUGUUAGUGGCUAUUGUGAACAGAACGAUAUCCACUCACCAUAUGUAACAGUUUAUGAGUCGCUCCUCUAUUCGGCCUGGCUAAGGCUUCCUUCUGAUGUGAAGACUGAAACUCGAAAGAUGUUUGUUGAAGAGGUCAUGGAUUUGGUUGAGCUCAAUCCUUUGAGAAAUGCUAUUGUUGGACUUCCAGGAGUGGAUGGUCUUUCAACUGAGCAGAGAAAGAGACUUACUAUUGCAGUAGAAUUGGUUGCUAAUCCUUCGAUAAUCUUUAUGGAUGAGCCCACUUCAGGACUUGAUGCCAGAGCUGCUGCAAUUGUUAUGCGUACAGUCAGAAAUACAGUAGAUACAGGCCGAACUGUGGUUUGCACAAUCCAUCAACCUAGCAUAGAUAUCUUUGAAGCUUUUGAUGAGCUUUUGCUUAUGAAGAGAGGAGGACAAGUCAUAUAUGCCGGACCUCUCGGUCGUCAAUCUCACAAGCUUAUAGAAUAUUUUGAGGCUGUACCAGGUGUUCCCAAGAUCAAAGAGGGUUAUAAUCCGGCCACCUGGAUGUUGGAUGUCAGUACUAGUGCAAUGGAAACUCAACUUGAAGUAGAUUUUGCAGAAGUAUAUGCCACCUCCGAUCUAUACAGGCGAAACCAGGAGCUAAUAAAGGAGUUGAGCACCCCUGAACCUGGUUCUAAGGAUCUAUACUUCCCCACACAAUAUUCUCAGCCAUUUUUAACCCAGUGCAAGGCUUGCUUUUGGAAACAACACUGGUCAUACUGGAGGAAUUCGCAGUACAACGCCAUUAGAUUUUUUAUGACCAUUGUCAUUGGAGUCAUGUUUGGUGUGAUCUUUUGGAAAAAAGGGGAUGUCAUAUAUCGACAACAGGACUUGCUUAAUUUACUGGGAGCUACUUAUGCUGCUGUUCUUUUCCUUGGGGCUACCAAUGCUUCUGCCGUACAGUCUGUUGUAGCUAUUGAGAGAACAGUUUUCUACCGUGAAAGAGCAGCAGGAAUGUAUUCAGAGUUGCCUUAUGCGUUUGCUCAGGUUGCAAUAGAAACUAUUUAUGUUGCAAUUCAGACCAUUAUCUACACACUUCUUUUGUACUCAAUGAUCGGAUAUGAAUGGACCGCUGUGAAGUUCUUCUAUUUCUACUACUUCAUCUUCAUGUGUUACACCUACUUCUCAAUGUACGGUAUGAUGGUUGUCGCGCUGACUCCUGGUUAUCAAAUUGCUGCCAUUGUCAUGUCCUUCUUCUUGAGCUUCUGGAAUCUCUUCUCCGGUUUCCUCAUCCCGCGUCCUCUUAUCCCAAUAUGGUGGAGGUGGUACUACUGGUGCUCACCAGUUGCAUGGUCGAUUUACGGUAUCUUUGCAUCUCAAGUUGGUGACAAAACUGGUAACAUAAAACUCCCUGAUGGUAGUGAGAUGCCACUCAACAAAUUUCUCAAAGACGGCUUGGGUUAUGAUCAUGAUUUCCUCAUCCCUGUGGUGUUUGCCCAUGUUGGUUGGGUGCUUUUGUUCUUUUUAGUCUUUGCAUAUGGCAUCAAGUUCCUCAACUUCCAACGCAGAUAA